AUGCCCGUUCUUCAGAAUGGGGACCCCACCUUGCGGGUCUACUUCCAGAAGUACUCCAUUCCGGACAUCUACGAGGCCUUGUUAGGUGGUUUAUUAGUUAUGUGUCCGGAAGAUCCACUCAGAUUUUUAGAAGAAAAAAUUAAAGAAAUUAUGGAAAAAGGUUUAUAUGGUAUUAUAUGGAACAUGUGUAUCGAUCCAGAGUUGAGUCUAAAGCUACGGGUCCUUUCGGAGACAUAUUUACACACACUUUUAGGCCUUGAUGAUGACCAGCUGAUGACCACAGAGUUAUGUGAUAAAGCGUGGGACUGUUAUAGCACUAAUUUAAAGAGAAAGUACUUUGACUCCUGGAUCCAAUAUUGCGCAGACAAGAAAGCGGCAGAAGAACUCCUGCAGAAAAAAUUGGCGGCGGCAAGACGCUAUUACGACUGCAGACUCCUAAAAUUAGCCAUGAGGAAGUGGCACGAAUGGAUGAAUUCCCAGAAGGAAGUGCACAAACGGGCAGUGAAAUGUCUAGAAAAAAUCUUUGACAAAGUUUUGAAGAAAGUGGUGUUUAAGGCCUGGCGAAAAUGUCUUAUUGUAAGCAAAAAGCCUAAAAAAUCUUUUGAGCCUGUGUUGGAAGCCGAGGAAUUUUGUUUUGUUCAACCUGAAGCCCGCGAACGGCGACAUUCGGACAGACGACGCUCCUCUGCCCUGACUAAGAAUCUGUUUGAAGAAUUACCAGCGUUCCAUGUGAAAUCAGGCAGAGAAUAUUUUACAAAGAUGCCUAUGCAACCAUUAGCCCAGGUUUUCCGGUAUUUAAACCUAGUUGACCUGGCCAGGUGUGCCCAAGUCUGCCAAACCUGGAAGGCCAUGACACAAAUGGUUAUGGUAUGGAGUAAUAUUGAUUUUUCUGCAGUGAAGGACCUUAUAAAUGAUCGCGUGGCACAGCGCAUUCUGCGGAAGUGGCACACUAAUGUGGUGCAGUUGGACCUUCAUGGUUGUGCUACAUUACACUGGCCUACUGGUUUAAAAUGAUACGGUUUCUUUGUUUUUUUAGGUCGGUGUAUGAAUUUACAAGAGUUAAAUGUUUCCCAGUAUCAAGGGUUAAAUGAUCAAUUAAUCAGACACGUGGCAGAAAGUUGUUCAGCUCUCCUUCAUUUGGAUUUAUCUCACACGGACAUUUCAAACGGAACGCUUGCACUGCUGCCUAGGUGCUUCCCCAAUCUACAGUUUUUAAGCCUCGCGCACUGCAGGAAAUUUACCGACAAAGGGUUACACUACCUGGGCAGUGGACGAGGAUGUCACAAGCUCCUGUAUCUGGAUAUUUCAGGCUGCCUCCAG